AUGUGGUGGCUGAUGCUGAUGUGGCUGAUCAUGGGCGCCGGUUUCACCGCCUGCAUUCAAUGUGGUAGGAGUAAUCGAAGUUCGCGAACAACUUCGGCCAAAUUCACCAAGGAAGACUCAUCGUCGCGACGUGUCGUCAAACGAGCCAAACGUCCCACCAUCGACUCUCAUAACGAUGAGGAGGGCGAUGAAGCGGCCGCCGAUCGGCAGAGGACCUCGAUGAAGCCGUUACGGUGAGUUUGUUUAAAGUUGUAUGGUUUAAGCCUAGUUUAGGUUUUCAGGCUCAAUAUAUCAUUUUUCAGUUUUAAAGGGGUUUCUUAGGCAUAAAGAUGAAUUUUAGGCUUAAUAAGCAUUUUUAGGCUUAAAAGUGGAUUUAAGGCUUAUGUGAAAUAAUUUAGGCUUAAAACUCUUUUAGCUUUGAAAGGGUGUUUUUAGGUUUAACUUUUCAAAUUUUCAUUUUUUCCGACUAAUUUAUUAAAUUUCAGACAAAUGGAUCAAGAAAGUGAACUGAGCCGAUCGUUGCUAUCUUCGCCUACAAAUCAAUAA